CUCCCACGCCCCCACGGGCACACGCGCGCACCCUCGCAAACCGUGAACCACACCUGGGCCACACCUGGUCACGAAACGCGUGCGGUGCUCUGCUGGCAACCCCCCUCUCACCUUCCACCACCCUGACUGUACAACCUUUUGACGGCCGGGAUCUUGUCUCUUGCCUACACCACAAUCUUCCCCGCCCCACGUCAGGAUGGCUUCGGCGGAUAUUUUCUGCGGUCGUAACUGAAGUUGUUGGCAAGAGCCUUGCGCGUGAGGCUCAAACAAGGCACAAACAAAAGGCGCGGUCGAGUCCCAUCGGUUUAACUAUAUAUUUAUUUUAAUGUUGCAAAAAAAUAGAACUCGUACCCUUGCACAUUAUAAUGAAACCCGUAGAAGCGGGGUAUGUAGUGUUUUUAUUAUUAUUAUUUUAACAUCAUACACACUGCUCACAUUGUUUGAAGUAAAACAGAGAGAAGCAGGCGUUGUCACAUUUUGCGGCACAUAACAGGGCGUGUUCCGCGCUGAAACUGGCAGAUAUAAUUACGCGCCCGUCUACCCCCGCGGGUAACUUUGAACGAAUACCUCUUGCCUGUCCAGACUGGUUCGCCUGCUUCAAGAUCCACAGUGCAGGUGUGGUCACGCUCUCCUCCUGCCCCAACACUUUGGAUUACGAGACGCAGCGGCGGUGGCGCUAAUCAGGCUGCUCACGGACAACACGGCCGCCGCCAGCCACUUCGGAAAAAAGGCACCAAGCUCAAACCGUCGGAACCUGGCCGGUUUACUCUGCGCGUAACCCCGGCACGCGUUCCUCCGUAGCAUGAGCAUCGUGCGCGCAACGUUCGCGAGCGCGCCUCCUUGUUUCAUCUCAGAGAGACUCCGCGCGGCCGCAGAGAGAGAGGCGCGGAGCUGCCGUGAGCGAUUAGAGCCACUCGCGCCUGACGCCCCCGAACCAAGCAGCCACCAUGGCUCGGAUGUCGCAGAGUUCAGAUUUCAACGAGGGCCUGCGGCCAGAGGACUACGUGGAGCCCCACUACAAGGAGUCGUACCGGCUGGCGGUGGACGCGCUGGUGGAGCGCGGCGACGAUGCCUACAAUGAGUUCCUUAAGCGCGAGGGCACCAUCGGGUUCCUGUCGCCCGCCGAGAUGGAGCACAUCCAGUCGCGCUUGCUGCUGCCCAAGGUGUCCGAGCGCGACGGGGCCGCCUCCGACCUUACCGACGGAGCAGCGGACGACUCCUCCUCGGGGACCUACUGGCCCAUGAUGUCCGACACAUCGGUGCCCGAGCUGGACCUCGGCUGGCCGCUGGUGCAGCCGCACAACCGAGGCCAGACCAACGUGACGCUCUACUUGCACCCGCCGCUCGGCGAUGGGGUGCCCACCAUCAAGCAGGUGGUGCGCAAGAUGGUGCAACAGGCAACGCAGGUCAUCGGCGUCGUCAUGGACGUCUUCUCGGAUGUGGACAUCUUCAAGGACCUGCUGGAUGCCGCCACCUUCCGACACGUUCCCGUCUACAUCGUCCUAGACGACGUCAACUUCUCCGUCUUCCGCGACAUGUGUGACCGCUUCGGCGUCCGCAUGGACAAGCUCGAGUACAUGCGAGUUCGAGUCACCAAGGGCACCGUGUACUACUGCAGGAGCGGAAAGAAGUUCCACGGGCAGGUGUUCGAGAAGAUGCUCGUGGUGGACUGCAACGUCGCGCUCUGUGGCUCCUACAGCUUCACGUGGUCCUACGAGAAGAUCAACAGGAGCAUCGUGCAGGUGUUCACGGGCCAGGUGGUCGAGAUAUUCGACGAGGAGUUCCGCGUCUUGUACGGCCAGUCCGAGACACCUCCGCACGCGUCCGCGCUCUACAUGAGCCACACGACGUUGGAUAGGCCGACCUACCCGCAAGCCUACGGCUCCAGGAAGAACUCGCUCACAGGCAGUCUCGUGGGCAGUCACGUGGGCAGUCACGUUGGCAGUCACGUGGGCAGCCACGUUGGCAGCCACGUUGGCAGCCACACGGGCAGCCACGUCGGGGAAGACCAAGCCAGUGCGAGUGGUUACAAGCCAUUGUACCAGGGCUCAAGGGACUCGAAUUAUCCCUGGGUGAACAGUGGCUCGACGAGCAGCAGAAACCUCGAGCAAAGCACCCACCAGCCGUUCGAGCGCAAAGAUUACCUGCGGCAGUCCAUCGACCGCGUCUACGCGAGGAUCCAGUCGCGGCAGACGCAGCUGCAGAGCGACCUGGGCACCAGCACUCUCGACAGGAACUCGAGCCUCUUCCAGAGCCAGAGGGCUGCGAGCCGGCUGCCGGGCUACGGGACGGAUUCCGACGCCUGGAAGCGACACAGCUACGCCGGGGAGCAUCCUGAGAGCAGCUCCUUCCUGAGGAGCAGGGCGCUCUUUGAGAACAAGGAUCAGGGCAGCAAUUCCACCCUGAAUCGAGACCCCUCAAGGUACAGGAGCACGUACAUGCAAGACGUGGAGAGGGCGGCGAACAACGCGCCACGACGGAGCUCCUUAUUCACUGCGGGCUCUCGCGGGAGCUCCACGGCCGAGGGGGAAUUUGCGGGGACGCGGGAUCGGGAAUACAGCAGGAUAUUCGGGGACGGGUAUGUGGACAAGUUCAGCAAGCUGUCGACUCUGUCCAGGGAGGUGCGGCAGGGCUCGCAGUUUCCGAGCAAUCAGAGCAACCUCGAGAAAGUCUCGAGCCAGCCGUACGCGUGCGAGACUUCUCCCACGCAAACGAACUUCCGCGAGCAGGACUACCUAGGCCGGCGGUCCAGCACGGAGCACGUGGAUUCGAAAGACGCGGACAACGAAGCCCCGGAGUGGAACAACGAUCACGGUAAAUCCAAGGACACGCUGCGCCGGUUAAGAAUAAACUCUUACCUGGACGAGAAGGGAAACAAUCAGGAGGACGCUCGCAGCGCAGCUAGGGCUGUGAACGCGAACAGGGAUGAGGGAUCGCUGAGCAGGAGAAACUCUCUGGACACGAGCAUCAGAGACCCCACGGUCCAGGCCACGACAACUGCCACGGACGAGGCUCUGCGUGAAAACUCGGAUGGCGAAACGAAGUCGGUGUUCACGCGGAAUUCGCGGUUUCACUCCACGCUGCCCACGAACACGCUGUACAAAAGCAAGUCUCUGCUCGACAAAGACGUCGCAGUGCCCAACAGCGACAAUGCCGAGAGCAAGCUGGUCAAGACCUCCUCGAAGUUUUUGAACAAGCAGAGCAGCAACCAGUCGCUGAACACGGCAGGGAACUCGGAUGACGAAUACGAAACAUUCGCUUCGAAGCGGCAAUCGUUUUUAUCGAGGCUGAGGCCAAAUUUAAAGCAUGGCGAGAAGGGAAAGGAACGCGGGUCCUCCCAGUCGCUAAAUAAAGCAAACAGUCAAGAGCCGCUCGAUAAGGACCUCGGGCAAGCAGCCUCCACGAGCAACCUCAAGGGCAACGAAAAGCCGAGCGUGCGCAGCCUGAAAGAACGCUACGAGAGCACGUCCAACCACGAGGUGCUGCAGUCGGCAAGCCGCGAGAAAGAGCCGAGCGCGCCCCCGACGCCGACAGCGCCGCCCCGGCGCACCGUCUCCGUGCCCUCGAUCGUGGACGACAAGACGCAGGAGCUCGCCCAGGGCGGCUUCAGGAAGAAGGGCGCCGGAGCGGACGACGGCAAGAAGGAGGACAGCCCGCUGGACAAGCUGAAAAAAUCUCUCAAGUUCCGGACGAUCUUUCCGUUCGUACCCGACAAGAAGGAAGAGGCGCAGGCGUUGCAAGAGGGCGCGCAGAAGGCCGUCGAGGCAGUUUCGCAAACCAAAAAUCAGGUGGAAAAAGACAACUCCUUCGCGAAGCCGGUGCAGCCGGUGCAGCCGGUGCAGCAGCAGCAGCGCCGAGAUAGCACGUCGGCAAGCGCAUACACGUCGGCGACGAGUGAGAAAGCCCAACUCCCGGAGGCCACGUCCGCCCUCCGGAGCAACUCGGCUUCCCUCCGGAGGGACAGCCUCACCGGCAGCAGCAACCACCUCGUGAAGCAACCGGACGCGCCCGCCGAGACCUCCGCGGCGCUCGGUCGCAGGCUGAGCAACAGCAGCCACGUCUCCACGACGUCCGUCUCCAGCGUGGUGUCCACCGGCAGCCAGGGCGCGGCCGGCGGAGACACGGCGAGCCAGACGGGGGCCGAGGACGGCGACGACAAGUCGGAUGUGCUGCUCAAGAGGAUAGACAGCAUGCGCAAGGAGAAACGCGUCUACAGCCGCUUCGAGGUGUUCUGCAAGGGCGACAAAGAGGCCGGCGCGGAGAGGCCCGCGUCGACAGCGACGCCGUACGUGUCCGCGACCUCCUCCGCGUCGACUCCCAUGCGCUCCAUUUUCCAGCCGAGGUACGACUCGUCGAGCCUGGGCAGGAACGCCAUGCAGAGCCAGACCUCCUACUACAACUCGGGGUUGGGCCGGCACUCGCAGUACUCGGGCGUCGGCAGUGGUGGCGGGAGCGGCAGCGGUUACUACAGCGGCGGCAGCGGCAACAGCAGCGACCGCUACACCACGCCGCAGCUUCUGCAGCAGCGCCACGUUCCCGAUCAGAGCAAGAACGAGAAGCGGCUGCCCAAGUUCAUGCAGCGGUUCGUGGUCACACUGAAACCGAAGAACAAGUGAAGGCGUCUCUCGCACGCCGGCCGUUGGGUGCGGGGAAUCGUUUUUUUUGUUAAUUAAGCCGCUUCGGUCAAACGUGGCCCCGCGAUGCUAUACCGCAACGAUGUUUUAACGCUAACCGCUAAGCACUGAUAAUUUGUAUUGCUGUAAUAUUACGAUUUGGGGGGCAAGGAGGGGGGAGUACUGUGUACAAUGUUAACUGAAUACGGCUUGAAAUGUGUGUGCAUUUAUUACAAAUGCAUUAGGAUAUUUUAUAAUUUGUAAGGUUUAAGCUUACUCAUGAAAUGUUAGGUGGAGUUUAGUUUUUUUUGUCGUGUCUGUAUUAAAGUUAAGUUUAGGCGCAUGCUGUGCACAUUAUGAACGCUGCCUUGGGAAUGGGAUUCCAAUAGAUGGGAUGGAACCACACACACUGUAGGCCAUAAGGGGUUAGAUGUAGUGUAUUCGGAGGGCUGAACACACGACUUCAGGGUGAAGCCAACUGAAUGUUGCAGUUAUCUCAAAAACAAUGUAAGCAGCUGGGGAAGAGAGUCGUUCGGUAACGUGUUGUGCCUUUUUCAAAACAAGGUGCGAUGCCGCUCACCCUAGAUUUCAUCUGGCCACAUCUGGUCUCACGAGCGUUUGAAACGUCGCUCGAAAGGUUGUUGCCUGCGAGCACCGUGCCAGAUUUGUGAUGUUGGCCUGGCCACAUUGGUUUGCAGUAUUGUCAGGCGGGAGAGUUAUUUACAGACCAGUAGAUUCUUCACUUAAGCGAAACUAAACUUAUGUUUUACAGGGUAAGGCCAACUAAGGUAUAGAGCUCUUUUUCAGAAAGCGACCUGGCCACAAAUGAUAGUGCAAGGAAGUGGCUUAUCAUGUGGAAAUUUAUAGCGGCCAAAUACUAGCAAAUGCAUGUUUAGAAAUGUGGAAAUGAAAAAACCGGAGGACCCAGAGAAAAAUCCACGUGACCACGGGGAGAACAUGCAAAUUCUAAAUAUACAGGCGUCGGGGUCGAACCCAUGAACUCCUGCAUACCAAGCGAGGUGGUAAACAUCUCGCCACCGCGCCUUUGGGGAAAUUCAACAAAUGGGACAAACACAGCUGCGAUGGGAGGAACGUGAAGGCUCUCACGACCACCAUCACCAAUUUCAGUCUUUAAAAAUAAUUGAUAAAUAUAUAAUGAUCACCGACUGCACGUUUUAACUACCUAUUUGAGGUUUUAGUGUAAUAGUCUCAUAUUGUUAAUUAUGCACUCACCGAGCACCUCGUGAAGGUUGAAUAUACUUAACCUUAAGGUGCUCAAUGUCUCAUAUGUGUAAAGCUUUAGAUCAAGGGACUAAGGGCUUUCCCAUAAUCGAGAAAAAAGUUAUUCUGAGAUUAAAACAGUUCUCAUAAAAAAAUGCUGUUUUCUGUUGAGCUGCAAAGUAUAGGGCAGUGCUGCAGUGUCUGGGCGUGAACACAAUCAAGCCAUUCAUUCAUUUUAUAUAUUUUUACACAAACAUAUCAAAUUACGAGUGCGUGCCAAUUCUCCCGCCAGUUUGUGUUGUUGUUAUGGAACCGAGGCCAAGCAAUAGCCGCCCUACCGGGCUCAUUCAAAAUUGCUCUACCUGGUUCAGCCGGCAGAGGAGUGGCGUAAAUAGCCAACAAGGCAUGCCAAAAGACGCGCUCCAACAACACAUCACCAAAACACAUCGCUAACACCCAAGCAGAGUUUUUUAAUAGCAGGGCAAAAAAGUUCCACCCUUUGUUCAUUUUGUAAUUGAAAACGUGCUUUACAAAAGUUCCAACUCCACGCUUCGACACAGUUUGACGCUGUCGGAAGGCACUACUCGACAGCAGAUCCGUCUCUGUAUUUUAUUGUUUUAACCUUUUUUUUUGCAAAUUUUUACAAAAGAAAAUAAAAGUUGUCGAAGCAG